AUGUCUUCCGACCUUGAAACCGCUACACUCCUGGAAUGGAUCAACAGCUUCUCCCUGGGAACUGUAAUCCGAUCCAGCAGCGAGCUGGGCGAUGGCUCCAUUCUCUGGGAGAUUCUCCAGGACAUUGACCCCCAAUACUUUCUCGGCAACCUCCCCGAAAACGCCCCGGCCGACCACUGGGUUCCGAAAUGGCAGAACCUGAAGCACAUGCACAAGCUGUUGAUCAGCUACAUUCGAAACCAGAACGAUGGCGAAGUGCCAGCGGGCCUUUCCACUGUUCCCGACCUGAAAGCGAUCGCCGAAAAUUCCUCUGUCAAAGACACCAAUCGACUUUUGAAAUUGUUUUUGAUGGCGGCGAUCAGCUCCCCGCAUGCCGAAUCGUAUAUUACCACGAUGCAAGAACUCUCUACGCAAACACAAGAAGGAUUGAAGGACAUCAUACAAGAAGCGCAGAGUCCGUCGGAGGACCGUCUCGAGCAGAUCCACUACGAGCAGGACGAAUACCGGGCUAGGCGCGAUAUUGCCAUGGACCCGGAACUACAGUUUGAAGAACGCGUGGGAAAACUGCUCGCGGAAAAUGAUAAACUCUCUAACGAAAAGAGGGAACUGGGGAAGGCUUUGGAGGAUCUUCACGAUCGGCUAGCAAAGCUUCAAGAGAAUAACGAUACUCUAGAAGCCAAGCUGUCGUCGACGGAGGACCGGCUGGCAACACUUAAAGCUGGAAAGGGGGACUUGGGACCUGAUGCAACCGGAUUUGAAAGCCGCAGCCGCCAACAAGAGGAUAUAAUCGCCUCACAAGAGACAAGACUGCUAGCAGCGCAAGAUGAAAUUGAUGGCUUGCGAAUGUCGCUUGAGUCGAUGCGCCAGAAAAAUGAAAGAUUCCAAAAGCUCCAAGACGACUAUGAUGAGAUUAAGAAUGAGAGGGAUCAGCUGUCUCGAAAAGCUAAUGCUGCAGAAAAAUACCGCCAGAAACUUCAAGCCAGCCAAGAUUACGAAAGAGAGAACCAAACGCUGAAAUUGCAGGUGAAAGACUUGAAACAGCAGCUGAUUGAAAGCGAUUCUAAUCAGCGGCUUUCAUCUGAACAUAACAAAGAGCUUCAAAAAUACAAGCAGCUUAUAACGCAGAUUGAGCAAGACCAUCAUGAGAUUCAAAAUUUAAAGAAACAACUCGAGUUCGACAAUCAUGCUUUGACUGAACGACUGCAAGGGUCUGAGGAACAACACUCCCGCGAUGAGGCAACUAUCGCUGAACUGCGAGAACGCAUAGGGGAGCUUGAAGGCCUGGACAGCCCCGGAACCUCAACUCCAAGUGGUCAUGGAACCUUACAACGCGAUUUCGAUGAAAUCGGAAAACGGGGAACACAGCUCAAUUCUGAGAACGAAAGACUCCGGAAAGAGCUAGACGAAAUCAAGGAUGAUUCUGAAUUCCCUGACAUCGAGAUUGAAAGCGAGGUUUAUCGAAAACUACGCGAAGAAUACGCGAGUUUGCGUAAUAAACUUAGUGAAACUGAAACUCGUGUCGAGACCUCUGAACGGGAGCUCUCAGAUGCAAAGACGGACUUGAGCCUUGUUGAUAAGGAUAAGCUGGACAUCCUCAACGGAAUCAAGGAAUCAACUGCCUCGGAGCUCAUCAAAAUGCGGACGGAGUGGGACACACUCCAGAAUCGGAUCCGAGAGCUAGAAGGUAAACUGGACGUCAGCCGGACAAUCGUGAGAGAGGUUUGCAGCGAGAGAAAUGCACUUCGUGCCGCCCGCGAUAGGAGAGAGGAAGAACUCCGCGACGAAGACCAGGAGACGUUGCAUGAAAUGAAGAAGCUGCUUCAAGAAUUGACAGCCCGGAUGAAUGGUACUUCGGACGAACCGGAACUGUCGCCCCUGGAACUGUUGAAACAGUUCGCCGACACAACAGAGAAUAGUGCUGACAAGCUGGCGAAACGCGCAGAGGUCAAGAGCAGCACGAUCAGGCUCUGGCAUUGGUCCUUCUCUUUGCCGUUAUUUGCCAUUUUCGUAUUCACCGCAGUCUACCCCCAAUCCAUGACCACUUUGACGCAGCUUUUUUCCGUCGAGGUCACUUUACAUCGUUAUGUCCGCACCCAGAAAAAGUUAUAUGCUAAUGGGUCCCUUCUCCCUCCGGCGAGGGAGAAAAUUGAAUUGAAUAUAGCACAUACAACAGCAGAAUGA